AUAUAUAUAUACAAGUAUUAUAGUUAGGUACUGAUAAAAAGAAAAUCGGUGACGAAUGGAUACUUGAGUAUACAAUGUGAUAGCCAGACAUCGUACAACGAACGAGGAGAAAAGGAAGAAAAGUAUUGCUAUACCAUUCUGUCAUGGUGGGAGACGUUAUCGAGGAAAAAAAGUAGGAGGCAAGAGACAUCAUACCUGCCUUUGUAUUAUAUACUCGAACAGUAGUGCCGAGGCAAGCGCGACGUGAGUGCCAUAACUGUGCGUUACAAGUGAUAUAUCUCAUUAUCGAUCUUUGAAAAGAAUAACAUAAAAUCCAUGGCGUGUCAAUAGCCAAGGAUCUUCGAUAAGGCUACGAGCGUAUGUUUACUUGAAAGUCUCGUGAGUGCGUGAGUGGGUGAAAUGUUGUCCCUAUCGAGCAAGAGGAUCUUGGCCCUCUUGCUCUUCCUGGGAGCUGGGGGCUGCGAGGGGGAUCCAACUGACAUUGCCCUUGACUCGAAGUAUCAAUCCCUGCACAGGCUUGAUAGCUUGAACUUGCUGCUCUACACGGUACUGUUAACAGCCACUGUACUAACUGUCUGGACCUUCAAACACAGGAGGCUCAGGUUCCUGCACGAGACUGGACUUGCUGUCAUCUAUGGUCUGAUUGUAGGAGCGAUAAUUCGGUAUGGCUACUCGUUCAGUUCGUCGAUCGAAAAAUUGCAAGUCGUGCCCGCGGAUCCCCUCGACAGUAACAGAACAAUACCGCCCGACUUACUAUGGAUCAACAUGCAGGAAAACAUCAGCGGUACGGUUAAAAACAAAACGUUCGCCUACUGGUUUCGUGGUGAAAUUUACAAACAGGACAGCGAAAUCGAUAAAAAGGCCACGUUCGAUCCAGAAAUAUUUUUUAACAUAAUAUUGCCUCCUAUAAUUUUUUACGCCGGCUACAGCUUAAAGAGGAAAUACUUCUUUCGAAACCUCGGGGCGAUACUGAUGUUCGCGCUCAUCGGUACCACGGUAUCGUCUUUCGUUAUCGGGACGCUGAUGUACGCGUUUUUGAAGCUGAUCCCAAACUUUUCCACGUCGUUCACGUUCCUGGACACUUUGUACUUUGGCGCUCUCAUAUCGCCUACCGAUCCCCUCACCAUUAUAUCCAUUUUUAACGAUCUCCACGUCGAUGUGAAUCUGUACGCCCUCGUUUUCGGCGAGAGCGUGCUCAACGACGCCGUGGCCAUUGUACUUAGCGGUGCUAUACAGAAUUACGGCGAGCGUUACGCCACGAAAGGCUCGAGCGCGUUCGAAGCGGCGGCGUUUUUCCAGGCCCUGGGCGACUUUGUCGGUAUCUUCAGCUUGUCGCUGUUCAUAGGCGCCACGAUGGGCUGCACCACGGCCCUGAUGACCAAGUACACGCGGGUGCGCGACUUCCCGCUUCUCGAGUCGGCCCUGUUCGUGCUCAUGUCCUACAGCACGUUCCUCAUCGCCGAGGCCUCUGAUCUUACUGGUGUUGUUGCGGUCUUGUUCUGCGGAAUAUGCCAAGCCCACUACACGUACAACAAUCUGAGUACCGAUUCUCGGCAACGAACGAAACAGCUAUUCGAGCUGCUCAACUUCCUAGCCGAGAACUUCAUCUUUUGCUACAUAGGCGUGUCGAUGUUCACCUUUCCCAAGCAUCACUUCGACUUGGGCUUCGUUGUUUCAGGAUUUUUGUGCGCACUGCUGGGCAGAGCAGCAAACGUGUACCCCCUGUCGUUCCUCCUGAAUCUCGGCCGGAAGCCCAAGAUCCCCAUGAAUUUCCAGCACAUGCUGUUCUUUGCUGGACUACGAGGUGCCAUGAGUUUCGCUCUGGCGAUACGAAACACGGUAUCGGAAGCACGCCAGGCUAUGCUGACCACCACGAGUCUCAUCGUCAUACUCACGGUGAUAUUCCAGGGCGGCAUGGCCUCGCAGUUUCUCAGUUGGUUCAACAUACCAACUGGAGUUGAUGAGGAAGUCGAAGCGCUACCGCGUAACGGAGUACGGAGCUAUAAUUCUAUGCAGGAGGGGCAAGGGGAUGGUGGCAAGGGCAACGAGAAAGCGCUGCUCGCCAGCAUGUGGGGAAAAUUCGACAAUCACUACAUGAAACCGCUGCUGACGCACUCGAGGCCCACUUUGUUGGAGACGUUACCCGUGUGUUGUACCCCGCUGGCCAGGUUGCUUACCACAACCCAGCAAAUGACGCAGGAUGACCUGGGUCCAAAGGUAGAUUCGGAUUGCGAUCUGUAUGGCGUCGAGCACGAGUACAAUAACGUCGAGAGAAGACGUACAAGCAGCCAACCGGUGAGUUAUCAUAAUUCUCAGCAGCAUAAUCUGAACUACACGAUUAACCCAUGUUACCAGCCUAACGGUACGGAACCUACCAGUAGUAGGGAUGAGCCCUACGUCAUUCUCAACCUGACAAGGCGAUAAGAUUUAUUUCACAACUGCCUGACAAAAAAAAAGAGAAAAUAAAACUAAUCUAAUUUAUACGCGAUAACGCUUUUUGUAUUGGCUUUUUAAUGGAUGUUUUUCUUUUUUUUUCUUUUUUUUUUUUCUUACUGUUUCUUCUAAGAUAAAUGACAAAGUCUAGGGCAAUGGAUGUUGAUUGAUUUUUUUCCCAUCAUAUAAUGUAACACUAAUAUCGUAAAUAUAUCUACUCUUUGGAUGACACUUCUUUUACUAAUAUGGCUGUAAAUAAAAACACGAUGAACAUCGUUGGAGUUGGGAGCAAUGGCGUCUUAGCUCUUGAAGUAUGAAAGACGUGGGGUAUUGGAAUGUUUUACUUUGAUUUUAUUUUUACUAAAAAAAAAGUCGUACUUAUUUAUAAUAUUUUAUGAGGAUAAUUUUUAAAUAAGCAGAUUGGGUGAAUUAGACGUUUUGACAAAUAAUUUUUUUUAUUUCUUUAUCUUGUGGCACAUACUGCUUUAUGCGUGCAAUAUAAUUUAAUGAUUUUUAGGUAAUCUUUCCAUGAAUAUUUUUCUGUUUUUACUGUAUAUUCGUUGAAAUUUUAUGGUUAACGAAAAAGAUUUCAACAGUCAUUUAGUAAAUUUGAAACUUUUCAUAAUUUUGAGCCGAAAAAAUCAUGUUGUCAAACAACUUUUUCUCCACUUAGAUAUGUUGAAAGAAAUUGAAAAUAGAUUUUGAAAAACGAUCCAAAGUGUAUCAAUCUACUACAAAUAAUGCCAAAAAAGUGAAUAGUCGUUGUGCAUAUAUAUAGUACGUAAAAAAAAAAAAAAAAAAAAAAAA